AUGUCAGACAUUAAACAUCCUGCAACUGUUGCCAUUGUCGGUGCUGGUCUUGUCGGCUGUCUCAAUGCAAUUUAUUUUGCCCAACGUGGUUGGAAUGUAGUUCUUUAUGAGCAUAGAAAAGAUAUGAGAUUACCCGAAGAAAAAAUAAAUCAAAGAGGCCGUUCGAUCAAUCUUGCUGUGUCUGAACGUGGUUUGAGCGCCCUGAGAAAAGUUGAUAUGGGAUUGGAAGAAAUUGUCCUUGGUGCAGCUGUGCCGAUGCGUGCCCGAAUGGUGCAUUUAGGUAAAGACACUCAAACGUCUCAAGCAUAUUCUGUACAUGGAGAGCAUAUUAAUGCAGUAGACCGUGGCCGUCUGAACGAGCUCUUGUUAAAUGUUGUGGGUGAUCUCCCAAACGUCAGAUUGGGAUUUGAACAUCAUCUCUUGCACGCUAACCUUGAGAAUGGUACCAUGGAAUUUAGUGUGGGCCCUGAAAAGAUAAAAGUGUUCAAAACAGCAGAUUUAGUAAUUGGUACUGAUGGUGCCUACUCAAAGACAAGAUCCCAGAUGAUGCGAUCUAUGCGUAUGCAGUAUUCUCAAGAGUAUAUUGACACUGCUUACUGCGAACUAUCCAUGCCUCCAGCAAAAGAUGAACAGGGUAAUGACACCUAUGCUUUGGAUCCCAAUCAUCUUCACAUCUGGCCAAGACACACAUUUAUGUUAAUUGCUCUACCAAACCUGGCAAGUACCUUUUUUUUCCUUUUCUUUUUCUUUUUAGAUCAUUCCUUUACUUGUACUUUAUUCAUGCCCUUUGAAAUGUUUGAAUCUAUCAAUACAUCCGAAAAAUUGCUAGAAUUUUUCCAAGAAAAUUUCCCGGACUCAAUCCCACUCAUUGGCACCAAGCGUCUAGUCGAAGACUACUUUGCCAACCAAAAAGGUUCUUUGAUCAACAUAAAAACUUCUCCUCACAAUUUUAAAGACAAGGCUUUGAUUCUCGGUGACGCUGCUCACGCCAUGGUUCCAUUCUACGGCCAGGGUAUGAACUGUGGGUUCCAGGAUGUGGAGGUCUUGCACGAGAUACUCGACAAACACAAUGUCUUGCCUUCAAAGCACGAAAACGGCAAGAUCGAUGACCUCGAGGCUGCACUUGACGAGUACUCUCGGGUUCAUGUCAAGGAUACCCACGCAAUCUGCGACCUUGCACUCUAUAACCACUACGAGAUGCAGUCAGCCGUGACAUCGGUGAGAUAUCUGGCCCGCAAGAAACUUGAGGGCAUCUUACACAUUGUCAUGCCCCGAGUUGUGAUUCCACUCUACACCAUGGUCAGCUUUACAACCAUGCCUUAUUCACAGGCAAUCCAGCGCUGGAACCGACAGUCGUUUUGGUUGAAUACGAUUGUGGGGACCAUGGCAAUCGGAACAGUUACAGCCAUGAGUUACUUUACAGUCAAGAAUAAGGUGUCUGUGUCUGUGCCAGAUAUCAUUCAGUCUGUGGCUCAAUUAAGCGGUUUCAUAUAACAAAACAAAAGUAAACAAAAAA